GUCCACACCCCCUCCUCACACGCAUCUCGCUGGGCGGAACUCUCGGGUCAGGAACAGUCCCAGUCACCUCCGGGCAGGGCGGUGGGGACGGGGACGGGGCGAGUCCAACUUGCCGUGGCCUCCUGAAACCCGAGCGUGGCGCGGCACGGGGCGAUGUGUGCGUGCGGGACCCUCUGCUGCCUGGCGCUGCUGUGCGCGGCCAGCCUGGGUCAGCGCCCCACCGGGGGUCCCGGGUGCGGCCCUGGGCGCCUCCUGCUCGGGACGGGAAGGGACGCACGCUGCUGUCGCGUUCACCCCACGCGCUGCUACCGCGAUUGCCAGGGCGAGGAGUGCUGUUCCGAGUGGGACUGCGUGUGUGUCCAGCCUGAAUUCCACUGCGGAGACCCUUGCUGCACGACCUGCCAGCACCACCCUUGCCCCUCAGGCCAGGGGGUGCAGCCUCAGGGGAAAUUCAGUUUUGGCUUCAGGUGUGUCGACUGUGCCUUGGGGACCUUCUCCAGGGGCCACGACGGCCACUGCAAACCUUGGACAGACUGCACCCAGUUUGGGUUUCUCACCGUGUUCCCUGGAAACAAGACCCACAAUGCUGUGUGCGUCCCAGGGUCCCCGCCGGCAGAGCCGCCUGGGUGGCUGACCAUCGUCCUCCUGGCCGUGGCCGCCUGCGUCCUCCUCCUAACCUCGGCCCAGCUUGGACUGCACAUCUGGCAGCUGAGGAGUCAGCCCAUGGGGCCCCGAGAGACCCAGCUACUGCUGGAGGUGCCGCCGUCGACCGAAGACGCCAGCAGCUGCCAGUUCCCUGAGGAGGAGCGGGGCGAGCGGCUGGCAGAGGAGAAGGGGCGGCUGGGAGACCUGUGGGUGUGAGCCUAGCCGUCCUCCUGGGCCACCGACUGCAGCCAGUCCCUCCCUAGGGGCUCCCCGGGCUCCGAAUUCUGCUCUGGGCCGGGCCCGGCUCCCCUGGCAGCAGAAGUGGGUGCAGGAAGGUGGCAGUGAGCAGCGCCCUGGACCAUGCAGGUCGGCGGCCACAGCUGGGCCCUGCAGGAGUGAGAGACAGACACAGCCAUGGCCCCCUUCCUCCCUUACGGCACUGCUGGGGUGGGGUCUUAGGACGGGAGGCUGUGCCCGCGGGUGUGCAGUGCCCAGGACGGGACCUGGCUGCUUGGGGCCGUCAAUAAACACUUGUCCAGUGA